AUGAAUAUUUCGAGGGGAAUUAACACAGCAUUAUGGUUAUAUUGUAUAAUUACAAUUUUGAGUAGAAAUUGGAUAUCUGAGACAGAAUGUGCUAUACCAGAUCCUGUUUAUUAUUUGGAACGUCAGGAAACUCGAUAUUUUGAUUUUUCUCCGGGAUUUUACGAUUCUGAAACAAUUGUUACAGAUCCUUCAGAUUGUAUAACACUUUGUAAAAAGAACAAUUUUACAUGGUCAGCUAUAUCAAAUGACUCGUUUUGUUUCUGUGGAAAUAAUUUACCACCGGAUACAGAAUUAUACAAUUCAAGUUGCUUGUAUUCAGAAACGGUAACGGUCUAUAGGACAGAAUCAAAUGUUUAUAUAGGUCCAUUUGUGAUUACAACAACAGAUUUGACAGUUAAACAAGUUGGAGAUACAAUCUCAAUAAAUUUUGUAAUACCAACAGAAUUUAAAGUUUUACCUGGUGUCAAAGUUUAUGAAUUCGAUUAUGGCGAUUCACUACAAACUACAGAAAACAUCUCAGAUAUUACUAUACCACUAGUAAUAAGGUACAAUGCACCAGGUCCUGUUUGGCCAACACUGAGGGCGAGAAAUCAAGAUGGUACAACUACUGGCUCAGCAAGUUUAGCAUUAAUGAUUUAUGAACUGAUAACUCCGGCUGAUAUUACGUUUAACUGCCCACUACUUGUCAUGAGUGGAUCUGUAUUCACCUGUCAACUGAAAUGCAAUAAGGGAAGUCAUAUACAAGGGACUGUGUCGUUUGCGAACGAUUGGCAAGAUACAAUCUCAUUACCAGAACCAAAUUAUGAUUGGAUAGGACUGCCUCCAAAACGUAUGAAAGAUACAAUGAUAAAUUAUAACACAAACAAGUUAAUCAUCACUGGUUCACAAGCUCGCUAUGAUGGAACAAUCAGUACAAUUCAAAUACAUGCACUUCUAUUAACUGAUGUCACCUUUUAUCUUUUACGCGUUCAAUGCACUGGUGGUAUGUACAAUUUUGAAACCAAUAGCUGUUCAUCGACGAACAAUCGUAGCGUAACGUGUACAGCAGAUCAAGUGUUUUCUGGUUUGGUCCGGGAUUGCGUUAAUAUAUCAUCAUCCUACUGCGGUAAUCUACGGCAACUGAAAUUAGAUAAACCUAUAAUUGUUGAAAAUUAUGAUUAUCAAGUGAUAGGAAUUUAUACUGUCAAAUUAACAGUUUUAGGUUGGCAGAGUAUUAAGUUGCCUUCAGUAUGGACUAUUCAGUCAGGUGAUCGAAUAGGAUUCACUAGUAUCUUAGCAGGAAGUAUUGGAUGUGCUCCUUCCUCAUCAUAUGAAGCUGAUGAUUUAGAAACCUUGACAACGUUUUCUGGAAUUAAUGGAAGUUCUGUAUUAAGGAGUAGUCUAAAGCGUUUGACUUCUAUACGACAUCAGAUUGGGGCUUGGAUCAGGCCAACUCAUGAUGCAUUAUUGACUGGAUAUAUAAACACGACAGGGUAUCAAGACGUCUCACUUCAGCUGUACAGUUACUGGGGCAAGAACUAUACAUCACCGGCUCUCAUUAAAACCACUGUUAUGAUAGAUGAAAUUAUAAAUGAAACUCAGCUAAUAUUAAGCUCAUGUGCUGUGGGAAUACAAUGUUCAUUAGAACUUAAAAGUCAUACAGGCAUUAAUGUCACUUAUGUAUGGGAUUUUGGUGAUGGCACAGUACAGAAAACAACAUCAGUUAAAAUGGUGCAAAAAACCUACAGUACUGCUGGUAAUUAUAAUUUGACCGUCAAUAUAAGCAACAGUAUCCAGUACAAAAUAAUUGUACAAAAUGUGAGUGUGAUAGACAAAUUUGAGUUUGAUGAAAUACAAGGAAAUCAGUUUACUGAAUUGAAUGCACUAACCACUCUAAAAUUAAAUCUAUCUGGAAACAGAUUUAUAUGUUCCUGGUAUCUGAACGGUGUUUUGUCUAAAAAUGAUAGUAUGACACAAUUUGAUUACACGCAUAUUCAAAGUGGUGUGGUAGUCUGGAAUGUGACUUGUCGAACUCCUGUGGAAACUAUUAGUAGAAAACUGGAACAAUUUGUAAUGGAGCGUUUCACAGCAGUUCUACCAAUUAUUGAAAUAGUAACACCUAGAUAUUUUAUUUCAGAAUACUUUACUGAGUGUUUGAGCAAAGUCACAUGGACUUUCACUUGUAACAAAAGUUUACAAGUGGCGAAACCAGCUCAGAUUGUUUUUACUUUCAUAACUGGGAAUAAUUUAACAUCUCAGUUGACUUUCUUCAAUCAAAUUUUAAAUACACGCAUUGAUUAUGUACAGAAAACUAUCACAUCUGAACUGGUGAGUGAGUCACAGAUAGCGUCUGUAAACUACAGCUUAUGGACAACCAAUCCAAUUAGUUCAAAUUUAACUACUGGUCAGAUACUGUUUGAUGUACCAGUACUUGGGAUGAACAUACAAGUUGAGCCGAAUUACGCUGGCCCUUCUCAAAACAUGAUUUUUCGUGUUUCGUUUCAAGAAGGCACAUCAAUCAUUUUGACUGUUAAUUAUGGUGACGGUGAAGUAAUCCAGCAAUCCGCUAUGCAGUUGCAAACAUGGCCAAAGGAUUAUCAGUUGACCAAAAAGUAUUUAAACGCCGGUGAGUACACUGUGACGUUUUCAGCAUCCUCAGGGGGUAAUACAGAGAACAGGACAGUCACGGUUUAUGUAGUUGAUAAGAUUGGGGUUUACGCGGCUCAAGCCAUUACUGAAUCUGUAGCUGUUUACGAUCCCGCAACUUUGAAGAUAACAAGGCAAUCUGGAAAUCCUGCAGUGUUAACUAAAAUAAGCUUAGACUGGGGCGAUAACAGUCAGUUCACCCUAGACGAUUUCCGCGAAGGUGCUGUUUACAGUCAUAUUUACAAAAGUGAGGGGGAUUUCGGAGUUACCGCUUUACUUACAAAUCCAGUUGACCAAAAAGUUUUUGUUACCACACUUAAAGUUAGAGCAAGGAUUGAAGAUUUUGGUUGUCAAGUUGCACCAAAUCCAGUUGAGACAGGAAAACUGUUAGUGAUUUCAGUGGUUUAUAAAAGUGCACAAGAUGUCAUCAUCAAUGCUUUGUUAAAUAACCGAACAGAUUCCAAACAAAUCAACGUACCAGCACCUAAAUUAACAGAGAUAAAUUACAACUAUCCUGUUGCCGGUUUGUAUUAUGAGGAAAUACAAGCACAGAAUUUAGUCAGCAAUCAGUCAUGUUCACUUAUAGUUGAUGUUCGGAAUAAAAUAGUAAAUAUGAAUAUCGAAUAUGGCGGUCAUGCAGUAUACCCACCUGAUGAAGAUUAA